GCUCUGAGAAAUCCUGGGACACGUGCGCUGCUCUCCUCCGGAUGGCCCCACAAUAACCCAGGCAGCGAUAUCAUAUCUGUGUCUUUUUAAUUGCGGUCUCUUUUUACUAGGCAUAAUAAAAAAAGGAAAAGAGCUGUGUUGUUUACUGAAAGCGGGGGGUUGUCAAGUGAGAGACGUCGUGGGUUUCACUUUGUACAGGGAUUCUUCUGCCCGGCAGCUGGAGUAGACUCGCCCACCUGAAACUUACCAGCACAUCCCCUUGCAUUUUAAAGUUUCUUUCUGAACAAACGUCAACCGCCGAGGUGGCAAGCUUAGCAUAAUUUCAGUAUACCGUUUGGAUGGUCGGGACUUUUAGUUGUACUGGUGUUUGGUCUACACAUUUCUUCAGGAAGGAGAACAGCAGUAGAAGACAGACAAAAAAAACAAUUUCACGACAUCUGAAAAUAAACAAGAGCGCCAUUAACGCACGCCAGGGUUCUCUGCGCUACCGCUUCUUGCAUCUCCAAAGAAACUUUUUUUUUCUUUUUCUUUUUUUUUUUAAUCAUUAAUGGUCACCGAGAUUUUUUUGUAACACUUCUUCUGAACACACUCAAAAAAGAACAGUAAAGAAAAAAAAACAAGAAGCGUUUAAAUAGAUUUAGCUUUCAAUUUUAACGUCUGUUUUGAAGUCGUCUUAAGGCAAGCUCGGGGUGUUUUUAAGAACAUGAAUCAAACGGCAGGAGUAAGUAACAGCAUCAGCAGAGGCAGUUCCGCCAAAGGACCCAAGGAGCUGGUGGGCAGCAAUCCUCCGCAGAGGAACUGGAAAGGAAUUGCAAUCGCCCUGCUUGUUAUUCUGGUCAUCUGUUCCCUGAUUGUCACCUCUGUCAUUCUUCUAACUCCAGGUGAGGAUGACAAUCUGGCACGCAAGGGGAAGGUGACUUUGGAAGAUGUCUUUAGUAAAUUCAAGAUCCAUGACCCAGAAGCCAAGUGGAUCACUAAUAAAGAGAUUUUAUAUCGUACCCAGGAGGGCAACGUGGUGAAGUUCAAUGUUGAAACACAGGAAAACACAACGUUAAUAGAAAACAAAAAGUUUGAGACGUACAAAGUCAGCAAGUAUGAAGUGUCACCAGACUUGGAAUUUGUUUUGCUUGCAUACAAUGUUGCCCCAAUUUAUCAACACUCUUUUACAGCAUAUUAUAUUCUCUGCAAUUUGGGUACAUGGGAGCAUCGCAACUUGAACCCCCCUGAAGUUAGAAAUGCGAAGCUUCAGUAUGCUGGCUGGGGUGCAAAAGGGCAACAACUGAUCUUCAUAUUUGAGAACAACAUCUACUAUCAAUCCAACGUGAACAGCAGAGCAAUUCGCCUGGUCUUGUCUGGAAAAGAAGGGGUCAUUUUUAAUGGCCUGAGUGACUGGCUCUAUGAAGAGGAGAUUUUCCGAAGCCACAUUGCUCAUUGGUGGUCUCCUGAUGGUGCCAGGUUAGCAUACGCCACUAUCAAUGACACACAGGUGCCCACAAUGGAGAUUCCCAUGUACACAGGUUCUGCAUACCCUACUGGGAAAGAAUACCACUACCCAAAGGCUGGGAAGGAAAACCCAACGAUUUCCUUGUAUGUGGUGAACCUGAAUGGGCCGCCGCAUACUACUGAAAUGAAACGUCCUGAAGAUCAGAGGAUACGGGAGUAUUACAUCACGAUGGUGAAAUGGGCAACAAGCACUAAGCUGGCUGUCAACUGGCUCAACAGAGCCCAGAACAUCUCUAUCAUGACUCUGUGUGAAGCUACUACUGGUGUGUGUACGAAGAAACAUGAAGAUGAAAGUGAGGGCUGGUUGCACAGACAGAAUGAAGCUCCUCUGUUCUCUGAAGAUGGGAAGACAUUCUUCUUCACACGAGCGAUUCCACAAGGGGGACGGGGAAAGUUUUUCCAUAUUGCUAUGUCUUCUUCCCAGAAUAACGGUUCCACAGACACUUUGCAGUCGAUAACUUCAGGGGACUGGGAUGUGACGGAGGUUUUGUCUUUCGAUGAAGCGAAACAGAAAAUCUAUUUUCUGAGCACAGAAGAUGAUUCGAAAAGGAGGCAUUUGUACAGUGCUGACACUACUGGGACGUUUAACAGAUGUUGUCUAUCCUGUGACCUAAUUGAGGGCUGUGGCUAUGUCAGUGCAUCGUUCAGUCCCAAUAUGCAGUAUUUCAUCUUAAACUGUGAAGGCCCUGGAAUCCCGACUGUGACUGUGCUUCAAACUGAUAACAGGAACAGUGUUUAUGAUUUGGAGACCAAUGAAAUGGUAAAGAAGACUCAUGAUUCCAUGCAGAUGCCAAAAAUGGAGUACCAAGACAUAAACAUAGAUGACUACACACUAACACUACAGAUCCUGAAACCUGCUGGCUUUGUGGACACUGCACACUAUCCUCUGCUUCUGUUGGUCGAUGGCACGCCAGGUGGAAAGAUAGUGACAGAACAGUACCAGGUGGAUUGGGCCACUGUCCUGGUCAGCAGUUUCAGCACCAUUGUAAUACGCUUUGAUGGCCAUGGCAGCGGUUUCCAAGGGACCAAACUUUUACACACAGUUCAGCGAAAACUAGGAAUUUUUGAAGAACAGGGUUUAUUACAAGUUCUCAGCUUUAUAUCUAAAGAGCCGUACAUUGACAAAACCAGAAUUGGGGCUUUUGGAGAGGUAUAUGGAGGUUAUUUAACCACUCUGCUCCUCACCUCUGAAGAUUCCCUAUUACAAUGUGGAGCCGCUCUUUCUCCAAUCACAGACUUUACGUUGUAUGCAUCUGCAUUUUCAGAACGAUAUUUAGGAUCACCAGAAAAGGACAGUAGAGCGUAUGAGAUGGCUAAGUUAGCUCCUCGUGCAGCACAGAUGAAUGACAAAACAUAUUUGAUUAUUCACCCAACCGCAGAUGAGAAAGUUCAUUUCCAGCAUACUGCAGACUUCAUUUCUCAUCUAAUCAGUGCAAAAGCGAAUUACUCACUUCAGAUCUAUCCAGAUGAGGGACAUUUCAUGCAUACUGAAGGAAUAAAGAAACACCUAUACCAGUCUCUUGUGAACUAUUUUGAAGAAUGUUUUAGGCUUCCUGAUAAACAUUUUGAAGAAAAAAUGGAAGAGGAGGAGGAGGAGGAGGAGGGUUAGCCUUAUAUCCAUGCCAAGCACAAUCCUGCUUCUCCAAUACAAUAUGCAACUGAGUGCUUUUUCUUUUCUUUUUUUAUUAUUUUUUUUUGUACUUGAACAGUAUUAUGUUAGCAUGUAUCUCAGACUGAAAAGCAGCAUCUGUCUGCUUCACCUGACCACAGUUGUGUCACCCCAGCAGGGGGAACAUUGAGCAUGGUGCAUACACAGUCUUUGACAUUGGUUCUGAAAUCACAAUGGCAUCACUGUUUUAUUCCAUAAAUUAAAAGUUGUAGAAAGGCUCCCAACUGCAGAAGCAGCAAGGCUCCCAGGGUAGGAGGGUUAGAGUUCUUUUAAAAGGAUCUCUUCAGACACAUGGUACCCAGUGUGUAUGCUGAAGAGCAGAACUAUUAAUGAAUGCUUAGGAGGAGUUUUUAUAGCACAAGCAUUUCAGCUGGGCGUACUAAAUUCCAUUUCAGAAGUCAGCUGGGGUUUUAAAAAAUGAAAUUAAAAUCCUCAUUGUUGUGGGGCUACUUUAUGUAAUUACCAAUACUGUUUUUAAAUCAUGAUAAACUUCAUCACUGAUUGUGCUCGUAUGCUGUAUAUAUCUUUUUUUUUUUUAAUGUAAAGUAGCACACCAAAUACUGUUGAUUAAAAAAUUCAGAUAUUGGAGCAAAUUCAGACAUUGUUUUUCAAUGUUUUCUUUAAGUUAGUCCUGGUCUAGGAAUUCUAGUAGUCUUGAACAUAUAUAGUUACUAGCUUUGAGUUGGUAUGUGGUUUAUGGGGUCCAAGGUAUCUGCACUAUUUCUGAAUGUGUUUAAACCAUGUACAGUAACAACAAAAGUAGGUCAGACUGUCCUUGUUUUGCUUGGCUUGUGCUGAGAGAUACCCACAGUGCUACUGGAAACUUGUUUUAGGUACUGUAUCUUCCCAGAGGAUAGUUUCUGACAAACCUGUUUCCUUUAAUUGACCUUGAAAAAAAUGAACAAUAGAAAUGUUCUCAACUCUUCGAGCACAAACAUGCCAUUUUUAAAAAUGUGUCAGCUGUAACUAGCGGCCGUCCAAAUCUGUGGAUAACGGAAUUCCUCAGAAAUUGGGGAAUUCGCAGGCUCCCGUGGAAUUUGCAGUCUUCCACAGAUUCACCUGCUAAAGUGACCUGAAAUAUAUAACUUAGUUGUUCAGUUCUAGUUUUGUUAAAUUAACAGAUGUUUUGUCUCCUUCACAAAGCAGGAGUUAAUUAAAGACUAAGACUUUGAAAAUGUGACAGUUCCUAAUCAUUUUCUGACAAAAGUGAUUGAUAUCUUUAAUUGGAGAUACUCAACCCAUAUAUUGUUUGAUAUGAUUUUAUUAAAUUGAUUUACAUUUUUAUAAACCUAUUCCAGGCUAAUGUUACUUAUGUGGGUCAUCACUGAAUAAUACUGAAUCAGACACUGAGCAGGUGUGCAGAUUUAAUGAGCAGCACAGGCCUGGCGCAAGGGUCCCAACAAUGGUAAUCCUAGUGCUGGAUUUAACAAAACAAAGCUACAGAUAAAGGCUUGCCACACAAGGAGAGCGCUAGCCUCACUAAAAGAGACGUCGUGCUCCAGGAACCUACUACACUAUAAAAACCCACUCUUACUGUUUGGGAUCAAAUCCCCUAAACCAGCGGUUCUCAAACUAUGGGGCGUGGCUCCCAAGGGAGGCGUGGCAAGGCGGCAAGGGAGGCGCAAGCUGUGUGUCCUUUUAUUUUUUUGGAGAGUUUGGAUGAUUUGAAAAAAAAUAAUUAUGAUAUAUUUUAAAUGUAUUAUAUUUAAAAAUAACUAAAAUGAAAUAACGCAAAAAGCUUUUGUUUAACGUGCUAAUGUUCCUUAGCAACUGUGAUACGUCACACGUACGUUGCGUAGUUCCUCCCCUCCCUACCCUGCCAAGUAAACUUAAAAACAGGCUCAGCAGCGCGCUUACAGUGAGAAACAGCUUUAAUGAGAAACGGAUCGUUUUGUGACAAAGGGAGAAAAACGUACAACACAAAGCGAAGUGAGGGCAGCAGCGGAGGUUCCAGCAAAACGCAUUAGCCGAAAAUAUGACGAAGCAUAUUUAAAACUGGGCUUUACAUGGAGCGAGUCCAGCGGUGCACCGAGGCCUCGAAUGUGCGGCGAAAUACAAGCAAAUCACUGCAUGCAGCCCUGCAAGCUACACCGGCAUCUCUAAACACGACAACCCUACCUUAGUAUCUAAACACGGAAAGUUUUUUCACAGGAAGGGCAAUGCGUUUAUUUAUUUAUUUAUUUAUUGCAUUUAUAUACCACAUUUUAUACAAAAGUAUCGCAAAGCACUGUACAGUACAUAGCAGAAAAAAAGAACAAACCACAAUACAUUUGUAUAGCAUGUCACACAUACAACUACCACAAUCAGACCAUUUAAAUAACAGAUUUAAACAACAGUAUACACAUAAUAAUACAAAAGCAGCAAUUUUGAAGUUACAUUAAAACCCACUAAGCAAAGAAAGUUAACAGGACAAAAAAAAAGAUUUUAUCUGCUUCUAUUUGUACUGUUUUGAAUGAAACUCAUACUGCUCUAUAUUGAUCAAAUUCCUUCUACUUUUUUAUUCAUGUUUUUGCAACAUAUAGGAUUUUCAGUUUGUUAUAUUGUUUUAGUAAACUGGGGAGGCGCAGUUAUUUUUUUCAUAGCUCAGGGAGUCUCACUAUGACAAAGUUUGAGAACCACUGCCCUAAACUACUGCUGUUGCUCCCGAAGUCCUGGCCUUCUGGUGACUCCAGGUCUUCUGGACGGUCCUGGCUGGGCAGAGCCUUCACAGCCACCGAUUGCAGUUGAAGGGGUUCUGUAGUAGUUAUCCCUCGGAGCGGACGCUCUCCUCGAUGUAAACACAGCAAGCUUUCACUCAGCACCCGUCUGUAUGGCUAUGCCAGUGCAUUAGCCUCGAAUGCCAAUCGAUCAGCUCAACUCUGGGCAAGCCUUCCUGUUUACUAAGCAACAGCGCAGCUGAACCAGCGACAGGGUCCUCCCUGUCACAAAGCCAUUAUUAAUACCAAUACUAAACACAUCAGAUGCUCCUCAGAACACUCCGCAGAUAUAUACUUACAAAUUUCUGUAUUUGUUUGCAGAUUUGGACGGCCUCUAGCUUUAACCAAUAAAGGCAACCUUUUGGUGUCACUCUCAAUAUUGUCCAAAAACAUCCAUGCGUCUUUGCAUGCUUGCAAAGUUAUUGUUUUGUAGCUUUGAAGUUUGUGACAACAUAUUUAAGACAUUGCUAUACCACAGUAAGACAAUCCAGUUAAAAUAGGGUGCAACCACAGUUUGGCUGUUGUCAGUACUUUUCUUGAGGCACAAGUCUUGUUAAUACGUGUUUUCCUUAAAUGUGAAUACUCUGACGUCAACACCCAGCUGUAGAUUAGUCCUGUGUUUAAAAUGCAUGCCAGCAACCAUUUGUAACUCAAAGCUAUUUUCUUUAGUAGGUAGUUUUAAAUGUACAGUCAUUUUUGGACAGCUUGAAUGUUCCUGUCGAAUUACAUUUCCUUUAGUAGUGUGGGUAAUCUCACUGUCCUAUCGGCUAUGUUGUAUAAAUGUGGUUCUUCUUCAAUAUUAUUUAAGUCUCUUAAGAUAUCAGUGUUAAUUGUACAUAAAGCAUUUUAACAGCUAUAUUUCAGAAAUCAUUUUCUUCAUUUGUAUUUUAUUUUUUAUUUUAUUCUGUUUUAUUUUUUGUGAACAGUAUACUAAUGUAUUCUGGACAUGCCAAAAUGAGGAGAACAUUGUGUAUUCAGUGUAUAACAGGGAGCUGUCUCUUUGUAAUACUGAUGGGAAAGAUCCACAAACAGUAUGCUGGGAAUCAAACUUGAUGCAGUCUGUUUUGUCUACUGAUUUUGUAGAAGGAAAAUCUGAAUGUGGCAUGAAGGUAUUUGUCAUCAGAAUAAAAGUUAUUUUAACAUUG